UGCUGUGAAACCAUUUUCUGAAGUUAUCCGAGCAGAUGUCAACGAUAAUCAAGCUAUGGGGCAGAAACCAGUCACUUUCAUUCGACAAGUCAUGGCAGUUUGCGCAUAUCCUCCUCUUUUGAACGAUAGCUUUAUUCCCAGUGAUGUGAAGGCACGAGCUAACAGUAUCUUAGACGAAUGCGGAGGCAGAAGUGCAGGAGCAUACACGUACAGUGAAGGCAUAGACCUUAUUCGAGAACACAUUGCCCAAUACCUGCAAAGAAGAGAUGGAGUCCAAGCUUCAGCCGAAAAUGUCAUAUUGACUGCUGGGGCCAGUGAAGCAUUGAGGUCGAUUUUGAACGUUCUGAAUUCUCCUAAUGAUGGCAACAGAAUUGGUGUGAUGGUACCAGUCCCAAGAGAUCCCUCUUUCACUUCACUUCUGAAUGAAUUUGGUAUGGUUGAGAUUGAUUACUUUUUGGAAGAAGAUCAAGAAUGGUCCAUUAGUUUAAAUGAACUCUCGUCUGCGCUGGAAGCAGCCAGUCGUUACUGUAUUCCCAGAGCAAUUUUAGUCAUUAAUCCUGGCAAUCCUACAGGUUCCGUACUGAAUUCUAACACCAUGGAAGAAAUCAUUCAGUUUGCUGUUCGUCAGAAAUUAGUCUUACUGGCUGAUGAGAGUUACCAGUUUAAUGCAUUUGGACAAGGUUGUUUCUUCCAGUCAUUCAAGAAAACAAUGAUGCUAAUGAGUGAACCUUUCAAACAUUUAGAACUUGUUAGUAUCAUGUCUGGUUCAACUGGUAUCCUUGGAGAAUGCGGAUUACGUUGCGGUUGUUGCGAACUGAUGAAUAUCCGUGAAGAUGUUAUUAGCGUUUACAAGAAGUCUAUAUGCGUGAAAAUGUGCCCAUCUGUUAUGGGUCAGAUUGCAUUAGACUGUAUGAUUUUUCCACCCGAACCACAUGAGCCGUCAUAUCCAGGCUUCAUACAGGAAUGUAGAGAUAUAAUGCAGUCACUGUACGAGAAGGCAACUAUUGCUAUUAAUGCAUUGAAUGAAAUAGAUGGCAUACAGUGCAACAAUUACACUGGCUCUACAUUUGUUUUCCCUAAGAUUUAUAUUCCAGAAAAAGCUGUGAUAGAAGCAAAGGCCAAGGGACAAACUCCUGAUACAUUUUAUGCCAUGCAGUUACUGGAAGAAACAGGGAUAUGUUCAGUACCUGGAGCAUUGUAUGGUCAAAUUCCUGGAACUUACCAUUUACGGUUAACAAUAUUACCAGAAAAAGAAAAAAUACAGAAAAUGGCUGAAAUGAUACGAAGAUUCCAUACUUGUUUUAUACAAAAAUACAGCUGAAAACAAUUUUACUGCAGUUUGAUUUUGUUCUGAGUACCAAUCAUGUUCAAAUAUUAAAAGAAACUUGAGAAAACUUUAAACCUUCAGUGAUUUCAAAUUCCCUCAUUUUAAAUAUAUAUCUAUUUAAAUAGAUUCAAGGAGAGCCAAAAGAUAUUCAUUUCCCUACAGUAUACUAUCUUUUCAAUGUAGUAUGGACUGCAAAGAGAAAUAAUAUCAGUGUAAACAAAUUGUAAAUAAUGUAUUAAAACACUGGAUACUUUUUCUUUUU